AUGCUGCAGAGAUGUAGGGGAAAACUGAACAAAAAGGGGAAUGCGCAAGCAAUACUUCACAUCCAAAAGGCCGCCAGCAUUACCGUGCUGGCCCAGUUGGUGGCGCCGCCGAUGAUGCCCGACUACCUCGCGCGCGGCAGUUAUGGCGGCAAGCUCACUGGGCUCUCGGCCAGCCACCAGUCAGCGUUCACGCAGCGCUCGCUCGAAUCGGCCGCCUACGAACACGAUUUGAUGCCGUUGGGUGCUGUGCACGCGCAACGCUCGUCCGAGUUUUCCGCGGCCAGCGCCAGCUUCCUCGGCGGAAGGGCCAAGCCGGGCAUACCCAUCGGAGGGUUUGUCAGCACGCUCGGCCGGGUUUGUUUCGUGUACGGCCGGUGUUAUGAAUACCUGCGCGCGCGAGGGUGCACCAAUCUGUGCCAAACGCAUCGGUGUCUGUGGCGCAUCAUCCGCGACGCCAAGCGCUGCCACGAUCGCCUGCGGGCCUACUAUCCGAGGCUCGUGCCCGUUUUCGACCGGACGAUCGACAUCGCGAUCCAACGGAGCCGUUGGGACGCCGCAUCCGAUCCGACAAUCUGCGACGGCGAGAUCCCCAUCGAAGGGUACUCGUUCAAGACCGUGCCUCUGGCAGUCUUAUGCCGCGGAUCACCCCUAUGCCUUUCUCGGCCGUUGGAUCUCGUGUAA